UAGCUUGCAUCUUACCAAUAUGUGCCUCAAGUACAAGCCUAGAGUAGUUGCUUGCUUUUGUUUUCAUUUGGCCUGCAAGUGGACUAAUUGGGAGAUUGAACCUUGUUCAAAAGGAAAGGACUGGUUUCUUUAUAUUGAUCCGAGUGUGUCUUAUAAAACUUUGGAAGGUCUUAUUCAUGAAUUCCUCGAUGUCGUCGAAAUAAGUCCUCACAAAUUAAAGCAGCGAUUUGUUCAAAAGGUAAAUUUGCUUUUUAUUUAUAAGUACAAUGCUACGUUAUUUUAAAAUUUUUAAAUUUUCCUGUAGGGUUGUGUUAAGGGUUUUCUCACAGAGUGAUAUUUAUG